CCGCAGCUAGUACUCCCCCUAUCUUAGUCUCCGGUUAAUCUCUCUCCACUAGUAUACUUGCUCUUCGAACGAGCGUCUCAGUGACUCACCAUGACCAGUCCAUCCUCGACUCUCGAUCCUACGCUCAAUUUCGGAUCUCGCCUCUCUGCCUCUCGAUACGCCAUGACUUGUGCCCUCACAAUCGCAGCAUGGGAUACACUUGUCUUGACGUCCCGUACCUGGCAUGUCACCAGAACAAAAGAAUGGCCUCCCGUGAAAAUCGUACUUCUCAUAUUGCGAUACCUCAUGCCAAUAGAAUAUAUCAUCCUUGGAGUGAUACACUUCAAACGGUCCAUCCAACCUUCAACCUGUAACCGUAUCACCCCUCUCGAACCCAUCAUGACUGCAUCCCUCCUUCUCCUCUCAUCCUUUGCUCUAGUCCUAAUCAUCACAUCCUCUCCUUCCCCCAACUCGUCUAGGAUGUCUCAAUCCCCAAAUCUCACUACCACCAACCAUCCUAUCACUAACACAAUAAUCCCAACCAUUAAUCCCUCCCCAACUCCUAUCACCCCUUCCCAACGUUUCAAAUCCUGCUUCAACACCCGCCUCAAACUGACAUUUUCCUCUCUCUUCGUCCUCCAACUCAUCUCCCACAUCGCCGGAGCGAUAUCCUUCCAGAACAUAAACGUAGGCCGAGGUAAAGGGUGUAUCUCAGGUUUGGGGAAGGGCCGAACUUGGGCUGGGAUAUUUUAUUUGGGCGCAACGCUCGUCUAUUUGGGUGCUUUUGCGUGGGUCGUGAGAGGAUCGGUGGCCAGCUUGAAAAAGCGGCCGAUGAGCCUUUGGAAGGUUUUUGUGAGAGAUUCGUUAGGCCUGUACGGGACGAUAGCUUUUGCAAACCUUACCAAUACCCUUUUCGUCUUCAUCGCUACGCCUAGGGAUAACACGGAUCCUAUCAGAACGGUAACCUCUUCUUUAUCGACGGCCCUCACCGUCACUGCAACGAUGCGCAUCGUAUUGAGUCGGACGUCCAGAGAUGGGACUAUCCAUCUUGACUACAGUCACCCCAGUUAUAGUAGCCGCUCUGCCGGGACUGGGACGGGAACGGGGACAGGAGCGGGGACAGGAAUGGGAAUGGGAAUGGGGACGGGAACGGGAACGGGGACGGAAGUAAGCCGAAGGAGAUCUUCCUUUAAAAAGGGCCACAUCGACAAUAAUGCCAGCCGCCGCCAAGCGGACAGAAUCUCUCUCGGUAGCAUUCACGGCGGUGUCACCAGGUCGGGUAGCGGGAGGAGUAGCGUCGAUUCGAACAUGACGACCAAUUCCAUACUGAUCAUAGAGCCCGAUCACACGAUUCAAACGACUCAUCUACCAUCGUCUCCGCACCUUGUGAUCCCUAAUGGCUCUAAACACAAUCUGCCUUCGUCAAUAAGAACUUCAACGAGAACGAGAACGCCAACGCCGAAUAAUACUCGUUCUCGCGCCCGUUCUGCUUCGCCGAGAUCCCAAUUGACUAGUAAUGGCUUACGCACACCUCCACUAUCGCCACGCUCUCAAGUGGACAUAUCCCUCUUUCCCCCUCCCCCCACCCACAUAUCUCAACAUUACCCUCAGACACCACAACACAACGCCAGUCCCAGAAAGAACAUCGAUGGUACGGGUACCACUGCCGCCCAACAACAACAACACCAACAAUCAUCACAACCAUCCCAAUCCAUUUAUGCUUAUACUCGCGACGACAUGAUCAUUAAGCGCCUCUCAUCGAAACCGGCAUCCCAUUCUCAUCCUCUCUCUAUCCCCUUGUCCAUUCCCAUUCCCACUCGAGCUCGAGCUCAUCAAACUCGUGUCGUCGUCAAGGACAGAAGUCUAAAUCGAGACCGAGACCGAGACCGCGGACACCCGCUACUUGCGCUCUCCAGCAAGGAUCCCUUGACGAGCGAUAAUAUAUCUCGAAUCGCACCGGGGAGCAGCUGAGAAGGGAAGAAGGGAGAUUUGGGACAUGACUUGAGAUUCAAAACGACCGUCCCUCCCCCUCCCCUCCUAUCUCAUCCGUAUACCCAACCCUCUUGCACAACUGCCCACCCACACACCA